AUGGUUUCGCAAGCAAUUUUUGUGUUGCGACGUUCCUACUUGUUAAACACAUUGAUACUGGUGCGAGUUAUCAAGGAAAUGACGAUAAUGCAGCAUGUAAAAGACAAAGUCAGCGAACAAAUAAGGCGGAUGGUUGGAAUCGGUGUCGAUGUAGAGAGUUUCGUUGUUGGGCUUUCUGUAUGGGUAGUGGGUUCUGUCUUUGUUCAAAGCGGCUGGGCAAUGGCAGAACGAACUUUUAUUGCAAACACAACUGAAGUAACAGAAGUUACAAUUCAACCGACUGUCAAUUUAACCAUCAAGGAUGUAAAACAGCUGUUUAAAACUUCAAUUCAAAGCAUUUGGUCCAACGAUUCACGAGGGGGCACAUAUUCGUCAAAGCAUCUAAAACUGGAGUAUACUAUCUUUGCUGCGUUCAUCUUUGAGGGCUUUUUGUUAAGCACUUCCAGAAACCGGCUGCACGUUACAAAUCCCGAAUUUACUGAUGUCGAUGAAGAUCUGUAUUUUCGACUUAGACGCAAUGUCCUCCAGAGAGAAGACUUUCUGUUUAAUGGAAACAAUCGGGGGAACUUUAUUAAUAUUCCCUCAGCUUAUCUCGAUCGAGACUCCAUAGUACUUGGGAUCGAAUACUACAAUCUUUAUAAACUUUUAUCAAACUAUUCAGCUGACGCUGAGGGAGACAACAAAACAAAGAUACUUGACAGUGUAAUUUUGUCCGCUGUAAUAGACCCUCCGCCUAAGGUUCUUAAAGAAAACGUUACAUUGGUUUUUAAGAACAUGCGGGUGAAUCGUAAAAAAAGAACAUGUGUAUUCUGGAACUUCUCUAAAGAAAACUUUGGGAGUUGGUCAAGUGAAGGAUGUCAAACAAAGAUGAUAUCUAAUCACCAUACUGAAUGUGUUUGCAAUCAUCUAACCCACUUCGCUGUGCUCAUGAAAUUCGCUGACAAUGCUGACGACGGGAAGCACGACAAAAUACUGACACUCCUCACUCGAGUAGGGAUGGCUCUAUCUCUCACGGGAGUCAUACUCACAAUUAUCAGCUAUCUUCAGCUCACAGACAGAAAUUCACCUUUAUGUCACAUACGGGUUAGUCUGACUUCCUGCAUUGGAGCAGGACACAUUAUAUUUUUCGCUGGUAUCGACUCCACUGGAAACCAGGCUGCUUGUGUAGCUGUGGCAGCUCUUAUGCAGUAUUUCCUGAUGGCCAGUUUUUGCUGGAUGCUUGUCGAGGGGAUUUAUAUCUACUUAUUUGUUGUAAAGGUUUACAACAUUACCGAUAAAAUGCAUCGCUAUCAUGGCUUUUGCUGGGGACUGCCUGCAAUCAUGGUUGCUAUAUCUCUGGGCAUCUCUGCAGGAAAUGACGGAAUCAAAACUUUUGUCAAUGACGAAGACUGCUGGAUGUCCUCCUCUACCAAUAUCAUCUGGAUAUUUGUUUCCUUUCUUGGACUGAUCGCAAUUACACAUGCAAAUCUAACAAAUAUUGGAACACUUCUAAUGAGUACCUUAUGGCUGGUUUCCUAUCCUAUCCUUACAAAGUCCAACGCUCAAAUCUCAAGCUAUGGUGCAUGUUGUAGAAGAAACGGGCUUAUCAGAGAUGAAGACUCCUAG